AUGGCGAUCCGAGUGCGAGCAUUAGUCGCCACGUUCGUGCUCCUUUUCACAGUGCUUCAGAAUGUACACUGUGAUGCACCGUUGGUCGAUUCGGCGGCACUGCCACUGGAACACAGAGCCGUCUACGGUCCGCCGGCACCAUCGCCAGUCUACGGAACGCCUGGUUUGCUGAGUGGCGGCGGCGGCGGCGGCGGAGGAGGCAGCGGGCCCUUGCACGGUGGCGACGACCCGUGGCCCCUGUCCGCGACGAACGACAGCCCGCAGAUCAAGCACCUGCAGGUGCAGUGCGAGAAGACGCACAUGCGCGUCAACAUCGAGUUCGACCGGCCGUUCUACGGGAUGAUCUUCUCGAAGGGCUUCUACAGUGAUCCGCACUGUGUGCACCUGAAGCCGGGAACCGGCCAUCUGAGCGCGACCUUCGAGAUCUUCCUCAACAGCUGCGGCAUGUCGAGCUCGGCGAACCACAACGCGGCGGCCGGCUUCGGCGGGCCGACCCCGUCCGGGAGCUACGUCGAGAACACGAUCAUCAUCCAGUACGACCCGUACGUGCAGGAGGUGUGGGAUCAGGCCCGCAAGCUGCGUUGCACGUGGUACGACUUCUACGAGAAAGCGGUCACGUUCCGGCCGUUCCAGGUCGACAUGCUGCACGCGGUGACGGCCAACUUCCUCGGCGACAACCUGCAGUGCUGGAUGCAGAUCCAGGUCGGCAAGGGCCCGUGGGCGUCGGAGGUGUCGGGUAUCGUGAAGAUCGGCCAGACGAUGACGAUGGUGCUGGCGAUCAAGGACGACGAGAACAAGUUCGAUAUGCUGGUGCGGAACUGCGUCGCCCACGACGGAAAGCGGGCCCCGAUCCAGCUGGUCGACCAGCAUGGCUGCGUGGUUCGCCCGAAGAUCAUGAGCCGCUUCCAGAAGAUCAAAAAUUUCGGCCCGUCGGCGUCGGUCGUGUCGUUUGCCUACUUCCAGGCGUUCAAGUUCCCGGACUCGAUGAACGUGCACUUCCAGUGCGUGAUCCAGGUGUGCCGCUACAACUGCCCCGAGCCGAAGUGUGGCGGCGUCGGCGGUCCUGGCGGAGAUUACGGGCUGCCGGCUCUGACCGGAAACGGCAUCUCGGGCGAGUACGGGGCGCCGGGUGCGCUGAGCGGAGAGUACGGACCGCCGCAUCUGUCCCACGAGUACGGUGUGCCCCCGGCGGCCUACCCGGAUCCCCGUCACCCGUCCGAUGCAUCCGGGGCGUACUCCGAGAACCAGGACAGCGUGGUGCCGGCCCCGCAGGCCCAGACGUCGGGUGGUCAGGCCUCGGCCGAAAGCAAAUCCGAUGCCGGUGGUCCGGUGAAUGGCGGCGGCAAUGGCGGUGACGUCGGGGCCGGACAGCCGGGACAGUCGCAGAAUGGUGCGACAUCGACGAACGACAUCCACGAUCACAUCAACAUGCCACCGCCGCCCCCGCCCGGCCACACGUCGUACGUGACCGUCACGAAGCAGAAGAAGGACGACGAGGGCGGCCGGAUGCCGGGCCCGGACAGUCUGAGCGGUAACCUGGUCAGCCUUGGGGGCCGGCCCCGCUCGGUCGAGGGCCUAGACGAUCUGCGAGGCGUGCGCCGGCGUCGGGACACGAUGGCGGUCGUGAUCCGGCCACGGAUCUACAAGCGGGACGCGCAGGAGAUGACGGACGUCAACACGGAGCGCAUCAUCCAGGUGGUGGCGCCCGGGGAUGUGAACUUCGCGCUCAACAGUGCGGCCGCCAACGAAACGGUCGUCAUCCAAUCGCAGCGCACCGUCGACCCGGAGACGAUCUGCAUGUCGGUGCCGAGCUUCGUCGGCGGCCUCGUGAUGCUGCUGCUCGUGCUGGCCGUCGCGUCGCUCGUGGCCGCUUUCCUGUUUGUGCGCGUGCGACACUUUGACCGGAAAGGCCAUCCCUUCUCCGGACACUAA